AGGGUGAUUCAGCAGAUUUCCACGUAGCACGUCGACCUUGCUUGCAUGUGAUGCCUACAGCAGUAUUAACCAGAUAGAUUAGACAGCAGGACGGGGCAAGGGAGUUCAUGCUGUGUAGACUCUUUGGAAUCAAGAGUUCUCAAAAGGAAACAGGAGUUUGCUCUUCUGAUGCCAACCUCUGUUUGCUGCCUCCUCAGUCAUCAGCUAUAUCCUUUUUCACCAGGUCAAAUCAGAGAAAUAUCUUUGACAGAAACCGAAAAAAGAACACUUCUAUGUCCAGGAAUGAAAUUCAUCAGGAAAAAAAAAAUGUCCUGAAGAUAUAUCCCCCAUCACUAAAGGAAGAGAAGGAAGGUUAUGAAGGAUUCAAGCAGAAUUAGCUGAUACAACAUGCAUAAAGUUGUACAAAACUAUGAAAUCAUAAAGAAUUUAAAUAAAAUUUUGAUUGCUAUCACAGCAUCUUUUUAAAUCUUGGGAGCUUUUUGGCAGCUCUGAUUAUUUUUAGCUCGCAGACUGCCAAACAAUGAAAUUAAGAAGCACAAAAUUUCUGUCAGCAUAGUUUUCCCAAACAAUCAUGACCUCUCCUGAGUCUUACAUUUGUGCACCAUCAGCAUUAGUCAGAAAUUUAUUUCCUGUAGGAGGGGCUAAAACCUUUAUAAUCACACGGCAAAGCUACUGAGAGCUUAGAGGGGGAUAUACUCCGUACAAGAUAGUAGGAGAUUUGGCACUUGGAAACAUGUCUGGGAAACCAAGGCUGCACUAUGUCAAUGCACGUGGCCGAAUGGAACCAAUACGGUGGCUACUGGCGGCUGCCGGAGUUGAGUUUGAAGAAGCCUUUCUGGAAACAAAGGAUGACCUGAAAAAGUUACAGACAAAUGGAGACCUGCUAUUCCAGCAAGUGCCCAUGGUGGAGAUUGAUGGGAUGAAGAUGGUGCAGACCAGGGCCAUCCUCAGCUACAUUGCAGGGAAAUACAACCUCUACGGGAAAGACCUGAAGGAGAGAGCACUAAUUGAUAUGUAUGUGGAAGGAUUAGCAGAUCUGAAUGAGUUAAUCACAAGCAAUUUCUUCCAACCAGCGGAUAAAAAGGAAGAACAUCUUGCAACUGUUAUGGACAAGGCCACAACCAGAUACUUCCCGGUCUUUGAGAAGGUUUUGAAAGGACACGGACAAGACUUUCUUGUUGGCAACAAGCUUAGCAGAGCAGAUGUGCAGUUACUUGAAAUUAUUUUAUUGGUAGAAGAGUCCAAGCCUGAUAUACUUGCCAAAUUUCCUCUCUUGCAGAGUUUUAAAGCAAAAACAAGCAAUAUCCCCAACAUAAAGAAAUUCCUGCAGCCUGGCAGCCAGAGGAAACUACCCAUCCAAGAAAAAGAUAUACCAAGACUGAUGCAAAUUUUCCAUUGAGCAGCAACCCAAACCCACAGAAACUCUAUAUCAUUGUCUCUGUAUUUGCUGAGAAUAGAAAAAUUAAAAUUAAUGAAAAUAGUGAAAGGUUUUUGAUUACUCUUCAGCCUACUGCAGACACUUUCAAAGUGAAUCUACAAGAACACACCAGGAAAUAAAAUCAUCAACUGAACUAGGGGCUACACUGUAUGAAACAAAUUGUCUUAAAUACUUAAGAGAUUACCUGAAAUAAAGUCUCACUCUUUACAUU